AUGGAGUAUUUAUGUCAAGAAUUUAAAAAAGAACAAGGAAAAAAUAACCCAAACAAGUCACCAUUGCCUAAGAAAAAUAAAAGAAGAGAUAAAGAUAAUAAUCCCGAUAAAGAAGAACAAGACCUCAAAAAUAAGAAAAAAAGACUAGCCGAUUUAGAACCACCUAAAAAACCAAUUAGCAAUGUAGGAAAUGACAAUAAACUUAACCCACUCUGA